ACACACACACACACAAAAUCAAUUAAUUUAGCCAUCAGGGAAAUGCAAAUCAAAAGCCACUAGGAUGGUUAUAAUGAAAAAAGAUAAGUGCUGUUGAGGAUGGGGAGAAACACAGUGCUGAUAGAAAUGUAAAAUGGUGCAGCCACUUUGGAAAAUGGAUGGUGAGAGAGUGGCUUGGAAAAGGAUAAUCAAAAGUCUUUGUCCUUAGGGAGCUUAGAGCAAAAAGAGAAGGCCCAGAGGAUACCUGACUGAUUUUGCAUUACAUAUCUUUUAAGGAUUCUAACAGUCCAAACCGAGCAUUCUACAGAUGGAAGCCAUUCUUCCAUCCUUACUACUGAUUCUCCAGGCCUUGUCCAUCACCUCUCACCAGACAGUGUUCUGUGACUGGACUAUCAGCCACUUGCAGCACAUCUCUCUCCUUCCUCUCCUUUUCCCUCGUGGAUGCCAGCUACCUCUUAUGAAUCAGCUCUGGCUGCAGGGGCUUUGUAAGCUCAAACCUAUCUCCGAACCUUAUGUAGUUCAGAGGGGUUCUGAAAGCUGAUAAAUACGCCAAGAGCUUUUCAAUCAAACUGCUUUUAGACCCCGUUCUCUGUUCCUGCUGAGUCGGGGGCUGGAGGUAGGGGGAGUGGGGAGUCAAAUCUUGGGUCUCCCUUUCUUGCAGAACCAAACCCCUGAACACGGCCUAGCAUUCACGGGGAAGCACGGGGUUAUCACCUCAGAUGAGCAGUCCUUGGGAGAACAGUGCUCUUAAUGGGGAAGGGGUUCCCAGGUCCUCAGCAGUCUCAUGAGUAUCAACAUUUCCAGGUCUGUAGUCUUAAGAAGAGUAAAGGGCUGGAGUCUAGAGAUUGUCUAAAAGAGGAAGGAGAGUUGGACAGAAACAGGGCAAAUUCUCAGUCAGUUUCUCCCAGCAGGGCAAAAGGAACAAGGAAAUAAGAGACCAGAGGAUUUAGUGACCUAAAGCGCCAGAGAGUCCUAGGGCUGAAAACAGAGAAGCUAGUGGGUGAGGGGGAUCAAGUGGCAGGAGAUUUACGCGUAUAUACCAACCUUGGGGAAAUCCAAAAAAAAUGUAACAGUAGGGUCUCUGCCUUCAAGGAGCUUAUGGUAAUUUAGUGGUGAAAUAAAAAUUAAUAUACUUGAAAUAAGUUGUAAUUUGGUGCUAAACUGUGGGAUUGACCCAAAAAAGUGCUGUAGGAGCUCUGAGAAGGGAGAGAUCAUGUGGGCUGACAUCCUCUGUGAGCUGAAUGGCUGGCUGAGGCAGUAGGUGCCCUACAGGACUUUAUGCUCCAGCUACAGUGGCUGCAGCUUUUAGAGAUGAGUGUGCCUUGAGUCUUGUAUGUUUUCCUGGAGGAAACACAGGGGAGGAAGCUUCAUCAUCAUCACUAUUUGUUAAUCACUAUCAUCAACAAGAACCACAACAAACAUUAAUUGAGCAUCCCUCCCUGAGUCUACACUUCUGUUUAGGAGGCAGGGCAAACACAGAAAGAGUUGAAGGACUAGAUCAAGAGAAUACAUGCCAGUAGCACAAAGACAGAGGGAAAAGUGAGAGCUGGGGAGGUGAGGGAAGGCUUCCUGGAGGAGGUAAUACUUGAACUGACCCUUGAAAGAAGAUUAGGCUUUGGGCUAAUGGAGAAAAGAGUGAAGGGGAUUGUAAACGGCCUCAACAAGGCACUGAGAGAGCAAGGCAAGUGUGAUUAAGUGAGAAAACCUGCUGGACUGGAGCAAAGGGUGUGGCAGGGUAGCGUGGGCGAUGAAGUUGGAGAGGAAAAUAGUCUGAUGAUUAUAGAGAGCCUUAAAUGUCAGACAGAAGGAGUCAUAUUGGAACAAAGUAGGAAGGCAGUGUAGAUUUGUGUAUUUGGGGAAUGACAAGGGCACAAGGAAGAACAAGGAGAGGCUAAAAGAAAGACAUGGAGAUUCUACAGUCUUCCUAGCUUCAGUCUCCCAUGUCAGGGUGGCCAACUCAUCCCAACUCAGCAAACAGAUGAGUUUCUCACCCUACUUGUGAUCCAUCUUGGGAAUAGGUCCUGAAGAAGCCCACAAGAAGUUCUGCACUGUAUACUGUUGGCAGAGAACUUUGUGCCUUUUGGAAAGGCCCAAGCCAUCAACACUAUGUAUGAAGUGUUCUCAGAUAGCAUUGCCCCGCCUUGUGAAACAGGAGGAAGUGUCAGCCUCCUAACCCAGCUGCUAACACAGGUACAGACCAAGAUGGGACAUCUGCUUCAAAAGCAACAACCUUUUGAAGCUGAUCUGUUCUUGAAUCAGCCCCGGGGAAAGGAGACAGCAAUUGCAGGAAUCUUAAAAACCAAUACAACAGCAAGGCUAAGCCUUUCUUGAAGCCAUCAUUUUGGUGGCUGCUACUUGGCCGCUCCUCACAUAGAUCCUUUUUACUGACUUCCUGCAGCAGAAGGAGAUUGGCACAGGCUCCGCUACAUUUAUAUUAUUACCAGGAGGCAGAUGUUUUCUCUUUUCCCCCCGGGGUUUAGAAUUAUGCAGAUGAAGGCACAAAAACAAAAGCUCAGCGAGGUGGGGGAAGAUGGCUCUUAAGAAUCUAGGCAAAUUUCAGAGCUCUUUAAGACACCCCUCUCAAUUUUUACUAACAGCUCUCCUGGCUCCUCUCCAGUCUAUUUAGAAUUUGGCACCUCUUCAGAACCUUACAGCCAAAGACCUGAAAGUUCAUUCUAAAGUUCCCAUCCUGGCCUCAUUUUGCAAGUGGAGAAAUCAAGGCAUAUAAUAUGGGUCUGUGGGCUGACCUUGAGUCUUUUUUUUUUUUUUCAGGGGUGUAAAACACUAAAGGUUUAUUUCUUGCUCAUCCUAGAUAUGACCUUGAGUCUUUCUUUGACAUUCCCUCUUUCUCUUUCUUCCUUCUGCUACAUACACUCUCGCUUGGAAAGGAAACUCUACGGCCCAAUUGCCCCCCAGGUCUCUCCCCAACCCCACCGUGAUAAAAUCUGUAGGGCAAUAGGACCUAGGGAAAUUCAACCCUGAGGCCGAGAGAGACACUCCUGCUUAACCGCCUGGCUUGAGCGAGUGUGGGAGCGAGCUAGUUAGGGAGGGCGGGGUAGAACUGGGGGUCUGCUGCUGCUGGCUAAGAGGAAAGCUGUGGCUUCCUCCAGGGUCCGGGGGUCGUGAUGAGAAGUGCUUCUGAAGGCUGGCCCAAGCCCCUUUGUGUCGCGCCUCUAUGCAGCGAGUACCCUUCAUCUGGCCGCCCUGGAACUCGCAGGCUGGUUUUGUUUGGCCCCAGCUGUCUCUCCCAUUUCGUGCAGCCCCGCCAUCGGCGCCUUCGUUCCUGAAGCCAACGACCUCUCACAGCUGGAACUGCGAGCCAGGCAGGGACCCCGGCAGCAGACGGCGCCCGAGAGUUUGCCGACGUCCGUCGGGCCGGGUUGGCGCCCCGCACGUCGUGUUUUUCGCUAGCAAAGUUUCUCUGUGGAAAAGAAGCCCCUCCAGCUUUCUCUUGAUCCUGUAGCGGGCGCGCGCUCUGCUUCUCUCCCCGGUGACUGCGCUCGGGGCCGGGGUUGUGGCUUUGCUCCUGCCCCUGGCCUGGCUGCCUUGGGGGCGGAGCUUGGGGAAUUGGAGGAGCCGCCGUGAGAACGCUUGACUAAGCGCCGGUGCGGAGAGACCGCCGGCGAGCAGGCGAGCUAAUAGCCGCAGCCUAGCAUUAGCUAGGGUACCUGGGCAGUGAACUGGAUCCCCGAAGGGACGCUCAGGCUGCGCCCACUCUUCUGCCCUGGCUCAGUUCUCGGCUGAUUUGAGAGAGCACACUGGUCAGGGCUCCUCCAGAGGAGCUGCUGAGUGUCGGUGCCCCAGAGAGAGUGGCUACCCGCCCUGCCUGGGGGGCUGCGAAAGGCGGAGCCGCCACGGCAACAGCUGUUCCCAUGGCUCUUGACGCGCCUGGAACUGGACUCCGGACUGGGCGCUAAGAUGCUUGCUUUUUGCCUUGUCCAACUUCCACAGCACGUAGUUGACGAUUGGAAUCCUGGGCCAAUCAAGAGUCUAGUUUCAAAGUGGUACUCCUGGCCUCUUCAUCCCAGACUCCAUCAAGUCUAGUUUGAGACGAGAAGAGAGCGGUCUCCUGCUCUAAUUAGUAGAUCUCCGUUCUGGAAUUGGACUUGACAGCUCUCCUCACCAAUACUUGCACUGCAGUGGCUACAGGGUUCUCUUGGGAGGUGGGGAUGGGAGUGCUCUGAAGACCAGACCACAACACUCAGAACCUCAACAAUGGACCGAGUUUUUGAAAUUCCUGAGGAGCCAAACGUGGAGCCGAUAUCCUCUCUGGAGGAAGAUGUCACCCGUGGGACCAACCCCCGAUUUACCUUUCCAUUUGGCAUCCUCUUCUCCACGUUUUUGUACUGUGGGGAGGCAGCAGCUGCCUUGUACAUGGUUACAAUCUAUCGGAAGAAUAGUGAAACCUACUGGAUGACAUACACCUUUUCCUUCUUUAUGUUUUCAUCCAUUAUGGUCCAGUUGACCCUCAUUUUUGUCCACAGAGAUCUGGCCAAAGACAAGCCACUAUCACUGUUUAUGCAUCUAAUCCUCUUGGGACCUGUUAUCAGAUGUUUGGAAGCCAUGAUUAAGUACCUCACACUGUGGAAGAAAGGAGGGCAGGAGGAGCCCUAUGUCAACCUCACCCGAAAGAAAAUGCUAAUAAAUGGCGAGGAGGUGCUGAUAGAAUGGGAGGUGGGCCACUCCAUCCGGACCCUGGCUAUGCACCGCAGUGCCUACAAACGUAUGUCACAGAUCCAAGCCUUCCUGGGCUCAGUGCCCCAGCUGACCUGUCAGCUCUAUGUGACCCUGAUCUCUGCAGAGGUCCCCCUGGAUAGAGCUGUGCUAAUAGUCUUUUCCCUGAUAUCUGUCACCUAUGGGGCUACCCUCUGCAAUAUGUUGGCUAUCCAGAUCAAGUACGAUGAAUACAAGAUUCGCCUUGGGCCACUAGAAGUCCUGUGCAUCACCAUUUGGCGGACAUUGGAGAUCACCUCCCGCCUCAUGAUUCUCGUGCUCUUUUCAGCCACCUUGAAAUUGAAGGCUGUGCCCUUCUUAUUGCUGAACUUCCUGAUCAUCCUCUUUGAGCCUUGGGUUAAGUUCUGGAGGAGUGGUGCCCAUAUGCCCAGUAACAUAGAGAAAAAUUUCAGCCGGCUUGGCACCUUAGUGGUGUUGAUUUCCGUUACCGUCCUCUAUGCUGGCAUCAACUUCUCUUGCUGGUCAGCUUUGCAGUUGAAGUUAGCAGACAGCGACCUUGUUGAGAAAGGUCAGAACUGGGGACACAUGGGCCUGCACUAUAGUGUGAGAUUGUUAGAGAAUGUGAUCAUGGUCUUGGUUUUUAAGUUCUUUGGAGUGAAAGUGUUGCUGAAUUACUGUCAUUCCUUGAUUGCCUUGCAGCUCAUUAUUGCUUAUCUGACUUCCAUUGGCUUCAUGCUCCUUUUCUUCAAGUACUUGCACCCGUUGCGCUCACUCUUCACCCACAAUGUAGUGGACUAUCUCUACUGUGUCUGCUGCUACCAGCACCCUCGGGGCAGGGUUGAGAACUCAGAGCCAUCCGUUGAUGCUGAAGCAGGGCAAAGCAUUGUCUGAUUCUGUCUUUCGGGUAUUUUGGGAUGGGUUGGGGUUGCCAAGAGCAACCGUGAAAUUGAAGGAGACGAUGAGGCUCAUGGGUGAGUACCCACCAGGACAUUGUUUUGAGUUUUCUGUAAGCCUAUCAGAAGAAAGAGCAGCCCCCAAAUAGAUUUUAUUUCCUUAAGAUUGACUGCUAUGUUUGGACACCAAGGUAACCACUGUGUACGUGGGAGGGUCAGAGAUAUCAUUCACAUUCCUCCCACCCAGGUCAGCUGUCUGGCUGCCCUAUGAGAUAACUUACCUCCAUGCACCUAAGGCUCUCUGUAGCUCUGCUCAUUGGCUUGAGCGUUACUGAGGUUUCUGUGGGCUGGACUGAAUGGCCCAGAAUCCCACCAGAAUAUAUCCUGACUGAUCAGAGGAUGUGCCUGCUUAUCAGCUAUGGGUACCUCCCAGGAAACAGUCUGACUUAUGUGAAACCUGCAACUGUGAACGUGGCUGGGGUCUUCUCAUUCCAGUGAGAAACACUGAUUAAGAGGAAAACCCCCGGGCUUCCCUGGUGGCGCAGUGGUUGGGAAUCUGCCUGCCAAUGCAGGGGACGCGGGUUCGAGCCCUGGUCUGGGAGGAUCCCACAUGCCGCGGAGCGACUAAGCCCGUGAGCCACAAUUGCUGAGCCUGCGCGUCUGGAGCCUGUGCUCCGCAACAAGAGAGGCCGCGAUAGUGAGAGGCCCGCGCACCGCGAUGAAGAGUGGCCCCCGCUCGCCGCAACUAGAGAAAGCCCUCGCACAGAAACGAGGACCCAACACAGCCAUAAAUAAAUAAAUAAAUACAAUUUAAAAGGACUUUACUAGUGAUCAUUCAUCAAGGAUCUUUCUUUUCAGUGGCCCUUCAAAGGCACACUCUGAGGAGGGAGUACAGAGUGGGUUUCCUUCAAGGCAUAAAGCAGAAUGACUAUCUCAGGGACCUGCAUGGGCCUCCACUGUGCUGAGUGGAGUGGUUGAAUCAAAGCUCUCACUUCAUGCCUCCUUAUCAGGGAUUCCCUCCAACCUGGCUUUUCUGUGCUCUUUGACCAACAUUGAUGUAGAUCUCAGAGAAGCUGAACUGUAAUUGAAAAUGUUUCUAAUGUGUGGAAGAAAUGAAGAUUGCUUUGUGUUUCCUAC